UUGUUGAACAAAUAUUGAGUUAUCUUGUCUCGUUGAUUGAUAUUUAUGCUUGUGAUUGGAUGCAGGAUCAUGCUAUUCAGUGAGCUUGCGCGAUAAUCACUGUGUGUAAGAAUUCAAUGCGACAUCACUGUCCAAUAUGCUAUGAGUAUCUUUUCGAUUCAUUAAAAGACACGACUGUGAUGAGAUGUGGGCAUACUAUGCAUUGUGAAUGUUAUGAUGAGAUGAUCAAACACGAGAAGUACUGCUGUCCCAUAUGCUCCAAAUCUGUUAUCGACAUGUCCAGAGCCUGGAAGAAAAUAGAUGAAGAGAUUGAGGCAACUGUCAUGCCUGAAGACUAUCGGAAUAAAAAGGUUUGGAUAUUAUGUAACGAUUGUAAACGAUACAACCGAAGCCUUGUUCCAUAUAUCGGGCAGAACAUGUGGGCAUUGUAAAUCUUACAACACGAGGACAACGGGAGCUCCUUCUCCGAUUCUUCCUUAGUGAUGAAUUAUUGGAUUUCUUGAUUUAUCAACGUGAUGCAAAAUGCGUCGGAAUUGGUUCAAAGAUUAAUUUUCACAAAACAUUCUUUUGGGCAUUGUUGUUGUUGUGAAUUGAUAUUAUGGAAUUGUUGUUGUUAAUGGACAAUCAAAUCAUACAUAGGUAAAAUACACUUGUUGCAAUGUAAUCAAAAGUUGUUGAUCUUUCUAUUUUGAACUAAUCUCUUUUUUGUUU